UACAGUCAUUUGACACAUCCCGACAGGGGCUCGUAGCAGAGAGCAUCUGCUGACCCAAACUCAGGCUUUUAAGGAAAGCUCGUGUGUCAGUGUCACACUGCUUUGGACAACAUGAAGGCUCUGUUAUUCACCUGUAUGCUGGUGCCGUGGCUGGUGGCUGCCUCAGCCAGGAAGUUUGACCAGGACUCACAGCUGAUACCGGGAUCUCUACCUGGCAGGGAGCUGAAUAGUUACUUCAGUGACCAUUUGAAAUUAAGGAGGGCUAGGAGGGCGCUGCCUUCUGCUGAUGAACUUGAUGACAGCCCAAUCUCGGAGGGAGGAGACGUCUCCGACCUGCCCACCUGUCUGCUGUGUGUAUGCCUGACUGGCUCAGUGUACUGUGAGGAGGUCAGUCCAGACAUGACCAGUGUUCCCACCUUGCCAAAGGAGACAGCCUAUCUGUAUGCCCGCUUCAACAAGAUCAAAAAGAUCCGCUCCAAAGACUUUGCUGACAUUGUGACUCUAAAGAGGAUUGACCUGACAGGGAACCUGAUCUCAGAGAUUGAAGAUGGGGCAUUCUCCAAGCUAACCCUGCUGGAGGAGUUGUCUCUGGCUGAGAACAAACUGGUCAAAAUUCCUAUGCUCCCUGCCAAGCUCACGUCCUUCAAUGCCAACAACAAUCUACUCAAAACCAAGGGUGUCAAAGCUAAUGCUUUCAAGAAACUGACCAAGCUGGUCAACCUGUACCUGGCUGACAACCAGCUGGAAGCCGUUCCACACAUCCCAGAGAACGUUAGGAUCUUACAUCUACAGAACAACAACAUCACUGAGGUCAACACAGACACCUUCUGUAGGUCCAAUGACACCUACUAUCUACGACCGAGCCUCAGUGAGGUCCGUAUGGAUGGCAACCCUGUGGUGCUCUCUAAGUACCCCGACAGCUUCACUUGUAUGAAGGUACUGCCUGUCGGACGGUACCGUUGAAGAGGCAGAAACUUUACUGUAGCCCCUUUGAUGCUGAUGGAGCAGUUUUCCCACAACAGAGUGCUGGGGGGAUACCGCGACGUUCUGGAUUUUGGGGCACUGGUCCCAUGGUUGGGAUAAAGGUGUCAAUGUUUUUACUUCAGUAAACCUACAAACAGCUUUUGACAUUGUCAGGUCAAAAUGAAAGUGAAGGUGUAGAAUUGAAGGCAUUUCUCUACUUAUCUAAUGGCCUUCAUCAGUUCUACUGACUGGUAGGGCAUAUCCGGCAUUUAAACCUCUGCAGGAAGUUGUACAAGAGAGUUCUUCAGAGUCAUCAGAGUCACAUGAAUUGGUGCAAAACCAUCCAAGAUGUGUGAAGUCCUCAAUAUGCUCCAAACAAACUAUUUCUUCUGAUCAUCUGAAGUCGUUUCAACCUGCUCUAAAAAGCCUCCCAUCAUAGCGUCAUCCUGGCUGCACCCAAUUGCCUUGCUCCUUACAGAGCUUGUCCAACACAGCUAAUGAUUCAGCCAUCUUAAAGGGGGCUUCAGAUGCUGUUAAAUGAUUUGAAACAGUUUGUUUGAAGUAUACUAAUGCCUUGACACUGGGGCUGUAAGUGGCAGAUGGCCUAAAAGGUUUAGGCCACUUGUUCAGAAGACAUCACAGGCCAAGGGCCUUCUGAGUGUUUUUUUCAUGCCAGUAGAACUUGCGUAACCCAUUGAAUGAGUGGAGAAGCGUCAGCACCUCUAAGACUACAGUCCAAUCAUCGUUUCAUUUCGACCUGACGCUGUACCCGGAUUAAUGAAACUAAUCUACACAGACAGCAUGUGACAUUGAACUAACACACACCUGCAGCCAAAAACCAACAUGUUUGCUUGUAAGUAUCUGUACCUAUUAGUUUAAAACACAAAAGGUCAAUGUUUU